AAGGCGCGGAUGUUCAAGAACGGCGGCCACCCGCUCGUCUUUGAGGGCGCCAUCAAGCGAACGGAGAACGUGCAGGUCGGCGAGGCGGUUGACGUCCUCGACGGAGCAGGCGAGCUGAUUGGCUGGGGUGUCUGGAAUCCCCACUCACUCUACCGCGUGCGCAUGCUCGUCCCGGCUAUCGAGCGCGACCAGCUGGAGCACCGCUCGAUCUCAGAGAUCGUGCGGCGGCGGCUGCAGGCGGCGGCGUCUCGCCGAGCGGCGUGCUGCCUGCCUUCGGAGAGCACGACGGCCUACCGGCUGGUCAACAGCGAGGGCGAUCGCCUCUCCGGCCUAACGGUCGAUGUCUUUGGGUCGACCGCGGUCGCCAUCAGCUCGGCCCUCUGGCUCGAGCUGCGGCGCGAGGCCGUGGAGGUGGCCCUGCUCGAGCUGGCCGGCAUCGAGACAGUCGUCUGGCGCAGGAGCGACGGCAGGCUGCGCACGGACGGCUGGAAUCCCCCCGAGGCCAGCGGGACGGCGGAAGGGGAGGCGGACGGCAGGCCGGCGCCGGCGCCACCGGUCACCGUGCUCGAGAAUGGGCUCAAGUACCUGGUGGCGCCGGUUCUGGGACAGAAGAGCGGCUUCUACUGUGACCAGCGGGACAAUCGGGCCAUGCUCGCCGAAUUGUGCGCCGGCCGGCGGCUCCUGGACCUGUACUGCUACUCUGGAGGCUUCUCGCUCGCCGCCGCCGCGGCGGGGGCGACGAGCACGCAUGGGGUGGACUCGUCGGCGGCCGCGAUCGGCUUGGCGCAGAGCAACGCGGCGCUCAACGGCUUCGGCAGCGUGUGCGAGUUCAGCCAGUCGGACGUGCCUGCUUUCCUCAAGCGGGAGGGCGUGGCGGAGAGCUUCGACGUGGUCGUCUGCGACCCGCCCAAGCUGGCGCCGUCUGUCAAGGACCUGAGGCGCGCGGGGCGAAAGUACCGCCAGAUCAACUCCCUCGCGAUGAGCGCGGUGCGGCCAGGCGGGCUCCUGCUCUCGUGCACUUGCUCCGCCGCGAUGACACAGUCCGGUGGGUUUCUCCCCAUGCUGCACGAGGCCGCCACCGCCGCAGGUCGAUCACUCACGGUGCUGCGCACCAGUGGGCCGGCUUGCGACCACACGCUGCACCCCUGCUGCCCGGAGAGCAACUACCUCACGGCGGUGCUCGUGCAGGUC